UGCGGCUAUUCAGCAAUUAUCAAAUUGUUAGAUAUCCUUAUCUAAGUAGGGUCUAAACACCAUGAACAAAUAUUUUGAUAUUGUGUAGUGGACAAAUACUGGUAGACUUUUCACUCAUCAACAUGUUGAUGACCUGGGACUAUGCACGGUUUUAAUCAACACGCCGACGUUUCAACAACCUAGCGUUUCUAUUGAACAGGUUUAGUAAAUAGGGCGGGACCUACCUGAAUCUGUCCAAUGGAAAACUGUUUGGAGUAACCAUUACACCCCAUGCCAAGAAGGAGAGAAUGUUCGACCACUGGAGGGUGUUAAAGUCCUAGACCUCACAAGGGUCCUGGCUGGCCCAUUUGCCACAAUGAUACUGGGAGACCUGGGUGCUGAGAUUAUCAAAGUCGAGAGACCAGGUGCUGGGGACGACACCAGAUCAUGGGGACCUCCGUUUGUUGGUGAUGAGAGUGCUUAUUUUCUCAGUGUGAACAGAAACAAAAAGAGUGUUGCUGUAAAUCUCAAAGACCCAAGAGGAGCCAAGAUAAUCUUAGAGCUUGCAGGGAUGUGUGAUGUCCUUGUGGAAAACUAUCUACCUGGAAAGCUUGAUCAGAUGGGCCUUGGCUACGACGAUGUACACAAAGCAGCCCCGAGACUGGUGUAUUGCUCUAUUUCAGGCUAUGGACAAACUGGGCCACUGUCCCAGCGACCAGGGUAUGACUCAAUCGCCUCUGCUGUCUCUGGCAUGAUGCACAUCACUGGCCCUGAGGAUGGGGACCCAGUUAGGCCGGGCGUCGCAAUGACUGACCUGGCCACAGGACUCUAUGCCCACGGAGCCAUCAUGGCCGCCCUGCUGCAGUGUCACAGGACAGGAAGGGGUGUUCACAUUGACUGCAACCUGCUUUCCACCCAGGUGGCUUGUCUCACACACAUUGCUGCAAAUUACCUCAAUGCUGGGAAGGAAGCCAGGAGAUGGGGAACAGCCCAUGAGAGCAUCGUUCCAUAUCAGGUGCAGUGCAACUAG